AUGAGUUCGCUCCGGAAUAGAGGGCUAGCGGUUGCCAGGCAAGCCAUAAAUCAGUCGGCAUCAGCUAGAAGCUCAAGUCUUUCCCAACGGCCUUUGCUAGUAGUCGGAGCUCGUGAAAGUUCAAGAUACUACAAUUCAGCAGCGACCACCGCCGCAACUAUAGAAAUACCGUCACAGAUACCAAUGCCAAUGCCAAUUAAGCCUUCCGCAGGCCAGCCGACUCCUUUUACAAACCAUCAUUUUGCAUCAAACGAUCUCGCACCCAAGAUUUUGAGUGAAGAGUACGAAGAGAGAAGGCGACGUCUAGUCGAAUCCAUCAAGGCUGAUGAUGCAAUAUUGAUUGUCUGUGGACAUGGAUUGCGAUAUAUGACUAACGGGAUAUUUUAUCCGUUUCAUCAGACAACUGAUUUGCUAUACCUGACAGGAAUGUCAGAGCCCGACGUAGUGCUGAUGUUGGAGAAGAAUGUGUCAAUACCGAGAGGAUACAAAAUGACCUUGUUUUGUAAACCAAGAGAUGCACAUUCAGACAGGUGGGAUGGUCCACGAACUGGAUUGGAUGGAGCUAAAGAGGUCUUUAGAGCUGAUCAAGCAAAGUCGAUUUCUAUACUCCCAACAAUACUGCAGGAACUAUAUAAUGGCUCGAGACCUAUAUAUACAGAUCUGGAUAUGUCGACGCUCGACACUGGGUCGUCCACGUUAGCCGGCACCAGCAUUCAAACAAGCACUUCGCAACAUGCGGCGGCAUCCAAAGACAAUACACCGUCCAUCGGUGCAUUAUCGUCCUUCUUUGGCAGGAGGCAACGUGCAAGUAAAACCAGCAGCACAAACAAGAGCAAAGUGUUUAAACUCAAGCCCUUUUUACGAGAACUGAGACUGAUCAAAUCAGAUGCGGAAAUCGCUCUCAUGAGAACGGCUGGUCGAAUAACAGGCCGAGCAUUUCAAAGCGCAAUGUCACGGACACGGAUCGGGUUGUUCGAGUCUUGGCUACAUGCCAGAAUCGAGUAUGAUGUGAAGAGGCAAGGGGCUUGGGGAUUGAGUUAUGUACCUGUUGUGGCCUCUGGAUUGAACGCGUUGGCGAUACAUUACGUCAAAAACGAGCAAGUUAUGAAUGAUGGCUCUUUGGUGCUGGUGGACGCAGGUUGUGAAUAUGGCUUUUAUACUUCGGAUGUGACAAGGACGUUUCCUGUCAAUGGAAAAUUCAACUCAUCACAAAAGGCACUUUAUAAUGCUGUUUUGAAGGUUCAGAAAGAGUGCAUUGAGAAAUGUACUGAAGCAGCUCGAGUCUCACUGGAUGACAUUCAUGGUAUUGCCAUGAACCUCUUGAAGACUGAAUUGGAAGCUCUGUUUGGUAGAGGAGUGACUAUGGAAGAGACGAGGUCACUGCUGGCUCAUCACAUUGGACACUAUCUUGGAAUGGACGUCCAUGAUACGGAUGACGUUCCAAGACACCGUCGCUUGGUGAAGGGCAUGGUUGUGACUAUUGAACCUGGUCUCUAUAUACCAAAUGAUCCCAACCGAUAUCCGCCGUCCAUGUGUGGAACUGGUAUUCGCAUAGAAGAUGACAUUGCCGUGGGUGAGCGAGACUAUAUAGUCUUGUCUGCCGAAGCCCCGAAGGAGGUCGUGGACAUAGAAGCUAUAAUGGCUGGAAUCAUCAAACCUCAUCUGUAA